CAAACCAAUGUAACCUCGGUUUUGCGCCGGCAAAUUGCAGUAGAUAAGAGACUCAAACGACGAACGCGCUUGGGUAACACGGGGACGCGCCCAACAGUGCAGAUGUGUCGCAGAUUUGAAAAGUCAUUCCAUACACAGAUAGAGCUAGUAAAAGGAGAUGGAACGGUUGGCAGAGCAUCGAAACUGAACCGAAAUCAGGCCAGGGGUUAGAUGGGGAGGGCCAGGGUGGGAGUAAAGCUUUAGUAAACGCUUUUAUUGCUCUGACCAUUCCUGUUAUUUGCGUGGAAGAUAGGAACGCAUUCUGCAAGCAAACAUCAGCAACUGUUUUUUUUGGGGGAACAGGCGGAGAACGAACUUUAAGAGGAAUGGAGCUGUCAGCGAUUGGGGAACAAGUGUUUGCUGUGGAGUCAAUCAUCAAAAAAAGAAUAAGAAAGGGAAAUGUGGAGUAUUUGCUGAAGUGGAAGGGGUGGCCCCCCAAGUACAGUACAUGGGAACCUGCAGAACACAUUCUGGACCCACGCCUGGUUCUCGCUUAUGAAGAGAAGGAGCAGAGGGACAGGGCACUGGGUUACCGGAAAAGAGGACCGAAGCCCAAAAAGCUGCUUCUGCAGGAUGUCUAUACCAUGGAUCUGCGAAGUGCGCACAAGCCCCAGACACAGCCACCAGCCCGCUUGCGGCUCUCCCUUACACGGACGCUAGAGCCACAGUCGACCACCUCCACAGACCAGCCUUACCAGUCGUACGGAGGGGGUCUGUGCCACGGGCUAGCCCAACACAAGAGCAAACAGAGCCAGGCACAGUACACAUGGGUUCCCAGUCCCCCACAGACACCCACCCCUUCUCAGGGACGGUCAGAAGAGGACUGGGUGGAACAGGAGGAGGAGGAGGAGGAGGAGGAUGAAGAGACCGGGGCAGAGGAGGCCGAAGUGGAGAUGGGCAUGCGGCGAGAUGUCCUCAGCAUUCCGCAUCAGUCAGUGACCAGUCCAGACUGGGACAAAACCUGUAACUUGGCAUAAGAGAUGGAAUAUAAGUGUUUCAUCAACUACUAUAAAUGCAGUACGUGUAUCUGAGGAAACAUUCUUUCAAUCUUAGAUAGAUUUCCGUAUAUUCAAAUCCAACAGGUAAUCAAAUACAUGCUUCUCUUUAGUGCUCCUAAAGCCACUGGGUCAUUUGUUGGGUACCCAUUUACAGAGCCAUUGUCAUAUUUAAACACAAGUUUAUUAUUUUUUUAGUGCACUUGGUUUCACCUUUAAAAAGGUUCUUUGUGUCUUGACCAAUUGUCUUAAAGGUGUCCAAUGCCGUUUCUUUUUCUUUUUUUUUUUGCUACUGGGCUCUCCCUACUGUUGCGGCAUAUUUGUAUUUUACAGAACUGUCGUAAAUACCACUCAUAGUUUGCACCCUUCCCCCUGGACAAGGUACAUGUGGAUUUGUUUACAAACCGGCAAAGAUAAUCUCCUAAGAGCCAUAUCAACUGACAAGGUAAUAUUACACAAUUUCAUUCAAAUAGGCUAUUGCACAACUGCCGUAAAGCAAUUUGUGAUUGUCCGGGUUGGGGUAGAGCAAGUUGCAAGGCUGGUUCCCCAUAGAGGGGUAGGCUAUAGACCUCUGAAGUUCGCCUACAAAAAAUGCUACCAUCUUUGCCCAUAAGGAGAUCUGGUGUCUUGAGGUUUUUCCUAUGGAAAAAUAACAUGGGGAUUUUGAAUUAUCACACCUUUUAAACUCUCGCGGGGACAACGAAAUUGGAAAUGCAAACGUUUUGCUCUACACUUUUGUCCUCUGCCUUCGAGUGGAUACUGUGAUCUGUGGUACGUUAAGGCGGCACACUUUGAUUUUUGCUACCCCAGAGCAAACUUGCAAUGCAACUUGCCAUAGGUAGUUAGCUUCAAUUAACACCCGGAUGUCCUUAUAUGGGCAAAGAUGGCAGCUUUGGGUACUUUUUGUAGGCGAAGUUCAGAGGUUUAUGGCUGCGGAAGGUGUGCGAUUCUUCCCAUUACAAGUUAGUUUACCAUCAAAAUGACUUUGAAGCUGUUAUAGUAAGGUAAAAAACUUUGCAUAGGAUGUCUUAAAGCGUUAAUACAGAGAGUUGACCAAAUGUAUUGAAACAGGCAAAUGAAAUGCAUGCAAGACAUGUUUUCUAUGGUGAACAGUAUUUUCCACAUGCUCACAUCAUUACGAAACAUAUUCACUAUAACUGUGAAAGUCCGUAAAUUUAACCCUUGUACGAAAACUGAGCUCUCGUUUGAAUUGGCUGCCACUGCACUGGUUACCAGUGGUUCGCUUGAUCUUGAGCUUGUCCUUGCUUUUCUCAGGACCUGGAAGGUCAAAGUGCUGGUCCCCUGAUACCCAGCCGGAGGAAGUGACCGCAUCCCAGACACCAGAGUGCUGGAGCCCGUUCACCAGUGCCGAGGACAUCACUGUGACGGACG